AUGCCACCCCGUCUCCACCCCCGAAGUCGACUCACCUCCUCAUUAUUCGCAACAACAGUAUUCGCCAGCUUUUUUGUCGUUGCUUUACCGCAUGCAUUACCAUGUCCGGCUCCUAGAAUAGCCUAUGCGGAUGGACAGAGGCCAGAUGGGACCGCACCUAGAAGGCGAAGACGGCGGAAAUGCGAGGGAGAGAAAUCAGAGCCAUUGAAGGACAAACCAUCGACGGAGGAGAGUAGCGAGGAUUCCGAGGAUACAGUUGAGACUACGAUGAUAUCGAAGAAGCAUAAGAGGGAGUGUCCUGUGCCGAAACCUGGAGGAUUGGUGGGCAACAUAUUAGGGUUCCAAAACUCGAGUAGUGAUGGGAACUCACCCCCACGACCGCCAUAA